GAGGAAGAUAAGAGCCAUUACAACAGAGAAGAGUUGGGAAAACAGUAUGCGUUUCAAUUGAUUAAGAACUGCGCAAUUUCUUAGUAUCCAUCGCCGCUUUGGUCUUGGUGUCCUAAAAUAUAUUAAUAUCUAAAGGCUUGUUUGGAUUGAACAUGCGUGUGGCAAACCCGCCCGCGGUGCACGCAUAGCCUAUACCGGCGGUUGUAGCAGCUACGUACUUCGCUUGGCGAUUUUGAAACGGAAUGUUCAAUUCUUCUGCGAGAGGGCUGUACAUUCAUUUUGGAAGACGAUAAGCAAGAUUAGAGAUUACUGUACAGCUUUGAAAUUGUGCAACAACACGAGACUAAUCGUUGUGCCAUGCCCAUGGCUGAUUCUCUAAAUGCUCUCAUCUCUCCCAAGCAACGAUUUCAUAAUGUGUCUGCGUGUACAGUUUCUGCAAGACGACAUUUUCUAAAUGGAGUAAGGAUUUUUGACACAUUAUUCAGCUAUUACUUAAUUUGGGGAACGGUUUUGGGAGGCUACGUGGCUGAACGAACGUCAUUCGUGUGGAAAGAAGAUGUGUUACGACGUUAUUUUUUCUGUUACAGUGUGCAGCAACGGCACCUCCCAUGAGAAAGCAGCAUGCACAAACAGCGGAACAAGGCCUAACAUGAUGCCACGGCCUCGGUGUGCUGUCGGCAUGGGCCAGCCUGGCAUCACCUGAACAAACAUUAAAGAUGUUAACACCACUGUCAGGGGCUUUGCAGCCACAGCAAAGAGCCAAUCAUAAUGAAGUGUGGGAAUGCGGGGCCGUCUGGUUGGAGCACGCAGUUGGCCCGGGUACAGACGAUACCUGGCCCACGCAGGUACACACCCACGCACAGAACACACACGGUGGGAGGACGACACUGUGGCAGAUGGGUGGAGGUAUCCGAUUUGAAUGAAAGACGAUUGAAAAGGAGGCUAUGAAAAGACCACGACCAACAGCCAGCUCCACACACAUACACACACCUUCACAAUCACUAUCACACACUCACUAUCACACACUUUUGCUCGAACAUGUGUAGCCUACCUGCACUAACACACACAUACACAUUCAAUCUCUCUCUCUCUCUCUCUCUCUCUCUCCUCCCUCUCUCUUUGUCCAGGUUGCUGUAGUGCUCUGCCCGCUGUUCUCCCACUAGACUGUCUGAAGCUGUUGUGAUGUAUUCCAUGUCAACAUGACAUGCUACAGACAUGUUGUGUACUGCACACUCAGCUUUGUGGAUCAACCAGCUCUUGAAGAACCGCUGUAACCCCUAAAGUGAAGAGGUGCAGGCAGAGAGAGAGAGAGAGCGCCUGAGGUGUCGUAAUAUGGUGGUCAACUGACCCUCCAACCUCCCUGCCGCUGACCAGACUGAAGACGUGGCAUAUACAGGGCUGAAGAAAUCCCAGAGAUGAUUGGCUGUAGAAGCUGAGACUCGACGAGGCAGAGGAUCUUGAACUCGGUGCUAUUUUGAAAGACGGUCUGUUGGGCCUUCUCCUUCUCCAUCACGCCUGUUCUAAUGGGAUUAAAACCAGUUCAACUGGCUGUAUUGUAUUGGUGCUGUUGACGUGUCGAGGGUCUUCCUCGGUGUUGGCGCGUGGCCUUCUCUGUGCUGCGGUGGAGGGCUUCACAGACGCAGCUAGUGUGGCUGGAUGCAUCACGCAGUAGAGCAGUUUGGCGGGCGUGGCACACGGGACUCCUUCCCUCUGGACGGACUCAGCCGGGGAACAUGGGCUCCCGUGGGCGCCCACAUACCUGCCAGGUGUCCGCCAGGUGUCAAUCAACACCAGCUCCUACCCCAUCUACCGCCCAGUCACAUGGGUGGACUGAACCAUCCCAGUAAAUUCUUCAAUAAUGGGCCCAUGCAGGUGCGUGGCAGUGAGAAGCAGGAGCUGGCCCAGGCCAUGUUACCUGGCCUCCAGAGAGCGGACCAGCAACACCUCCCUCCUCCCCCUCACAGGGCGUGGGAACAGCCGGGUCAGCUGUACGAGUUGCCCCCCCCUCCUCAUCCAUCCGUACCCCUGCCCAGCGACCACGCGACCCGUCUGCAUGGCGGGUAUAGCCCCGGGCCUCCCGCCAGCCUGCCCCCCAGGCCCAAUCAGCUACUGAAGUAUGUGGACCCUCAGGAGCAGCAUCUUCUCAGGGGUCCGACAUCGCUGGGUGAGGAUAUGUGGGCUCAGGUGCAGCAGAGGGGUUACCCAGGGAAGAUGUUGGGAGGGCAGCUGAAGAGACCGGCCCCCCCUCUCGGGGAGUACUCGGUCAUCCGGCACACCCCGCACCCUUCCUCUCGCCCCAAUGAGGACUGCCCCAGUCCCAGCAAGAGGAAGAGGAGCUCUGAGCAGGUUCCACACCCAGGCAUACAGAGGUUCUCUGGCCCAGGAGGGCACCCCCUGCCCCCACAGCAGCAGCCCCCGUCCCACUACCCCCCUCCUCCACCCAAACCUGCUUUCUGGAACCCCAUGCACAAGGCGAGUGGCGCCCCCCGGGCCCAGCCUGAACGCAAGAACGGUUCCCCUGAGUUCCAGGUCCGAGCCGAGUCAGUCAAGUCCUGCAUGGGCGGCUACACCUACAAACCUCCCGCCCCCUCGCCCAUCUCCCCACCCCUCACCUCCUCCCCGGGAGGCUACCCUCAGAGGCACAGCGGGCCCCACCCACCCCACAAGCCCUCAUUCUCACCUCAGGCCCUCAAUCAACCCCCCCACAACAACCCCCACAGCUCUCACCCGCAGUACCCUAAACAACCAGCCCCGCCCCGCAUGGGGAUGGAGCCCAGGGGAGGUCCUCCUACCCCCCAGAGAGGCCCUACCACUGUGGGUAGGGGAGUCAACAACCAUCCGCCUCCUCACCACCACCAACCUCCAGCAAGGGGGGACAGGGACAGUAGGGAGCCCCCCCAACCCUCACCAGCAAACCACACCGGCGUGCCUUACAGCCACAACCCCCACUUCCAGACCCACCCCGGGCUGGGCCACACUGCCCCCCACCCCCCUGCCAGCAGCACAGCAGUACCUCAGCAGCACAACCCCAGUCCCUCCCACCACGAGGCCUGGAGGCCCCAGGGACAGGGGCAGGGCAGGCCACAAAACAACCACCUCCUGGAGCCGAGUCACUACAGGGCAGGGCUGGUACCUCAGGGGCAGCAGAACCAGGCUGGGGAGACCCGGGGUCCCGCGUCCCUCCAACACCAUCAGCACCCCCACAUCAGCUCCCCUCUGGUUCCUACCAGAACCCCCGUCAUCAUCUCCACCCCCCAGGCCCUCUGCUCACAGUCCCAAAACAACCGCUACAACAACAGUAGUAGUAUUACUGGACCUGCACUCUCCACUGUAAUCACAGCACCACCUGCUGUGUGUUCAGCUAACAGCACCUGUAGGAGAGGCAGGGAGACGAUGUCACUGCCCCACCAGUCCUCAGCUGCGUCUCAGCUGGAGAGAGACCCAGAGAGGAGCCCCAUCCACCCCAUGCUGCACCCAGGGUAUCAGGGAGCCCACGCGGGCACUGCCAACCACCCACACCGGGCGCCACCCAGGCCCCAGCAGCAGCAGUUCCCUAGCCAGCACCACCAACAGUCUGUCCAGGGGAAGUCUUACUACGGACGGUCUGAUCCGGAUGGCACUCCGGCCUCCUCUUCAUCCUCCUCCUCUUCGUCAUUCUCAGGACACCAGAGGGCAGGGGAGAGCGUCAUCACCAGCAGGGGGUCUCACCCCAGCCCCCUCACCCAGACGGAGGUCACUAGCUCGCCCCUGCACCGCCCCAUGCCCGCCCCCCAACCCCACACUGUCAGCUCUGCACCCCAGCCAGCCUCCAGCCCCUCCUACUCCAGACUCUGUGCCCAGCCUGCCCCCCAGCCAGCCUCCAGCCCCUCCUACUCCAGACUCUGUGCCCAGCCUGCCCCCCAGGCUACCACCACCUCAGCCAAGGGGUAUCUAAAUUCUCGACCCCUGCCACCUCCACCCUCAGCCCCCCAGUCCAUGGAGGAGGCUCUGGAUAAACUGGAUGCUGAGCUCCAAGGUCAUAUGCAGGCCGAGGAGAGGAGGGAGAGGGAGCAGGAAGAGCAGAAGAGGAGGGAGCAGGAAGAGCGGAAGAGGAGGGAGCAGGAAGAGCGGAAGAGGAGGGAGCAGGAAGAGCGGAAGAGGAGGGAGCAGGAAGAGCGGAAGAGGAGGGAGCAGGAAGAGCGGAAGAGGAGGGAGCAGGAAGAGCGGAAGAGGAGGGAGUGGGAGAGAGAGCAGGAAGAGCGGAAGAGGAGGGAGAGGGAGCAGGGGAAGAGGAGAGAGUUGGAGAGAGUGGAAGAGGAGAAGAAAAGAAGGGAAUGGGAAAAAGAGCAAGAGGAAAGGAAGAGGAGGGAUUUGGCGAGGGAGCGAGAGGAAGAGGAGAGGAAGAGGAGGACUGAGUUGAUGAAAGAGGAGGAGAGGAGGAAGGUGGAGGAGGAGAUGAGCCAGAGUAGUAAAAGGAGAGAGGAGUCUGCCAUUGAGAGUCUGGAGAGACUCCUGUCCGGCAACUCCUCUGCUCCUCCACCUCCUCGCCUGUCCACCGUUUCCUCCUUUGUCCCUCCCACCCCCAGCCAGUCAUCCUCCUCGCCCUCCUACCCCUGGCUGAGCCGGGGCGGGGCUCCCCCUUGUCCCCCAGGCCAGGCACCACCACCUCCUGCCCCCCUGGAGAUGUCACGGCCGCCCCCUCUCACCCCCCAGACGGAGUACGCCAGGGAGAAGCAGAGGCAGAGAGAGAUGUGGGGUGAAACCCCCCCCUCGUCAUUACACACUGGUAACGUCACCUCAGGGAACAAUGCCCUGACCUCGUCGGGGCCCUUUUACCCCAACCACCCCUCAAAUAAGACCUUGACACAAGGUGCCCCCCCCCGCCCAUCCAAAGACACCCCCCAUCCCAAGGAGAACGAUAGUCAGCAGGCCCGAAGGGGAGCGAUGGGCGCUGUGGAUCCCCUCCACACCUCCAGCACGGUCACCCUCCGAGAGCCCCCCAAACUCUUCCAGGCGUUCCCCAGGGAUAGCCUACUGUCUGGGCCCAACAACUCCAGGACCAGCAGCAGCACGUCCAGCACAGGGGGCCUCCCCAACAAGCGCAUGCCCAGCGGAGGCCUAGGCAGCCUGGGUUGUAGCGCCAGCAGCAGUAACAGCGGCGACUCCGACAGCGCCCAGUUUGAGGAGGAACCCUUGGAGCUCUCAACUUUACUCCCGGACGGUCUGGCCAACAUCAUGGCCAUGCUGGAUGAGUCCAUCAAGAAAGAGGAGGAAUCUCUGUACUGCAGCGACCGAAACGGUGCUAGGGAGACCAUCAUAAAUGCCUUCUCUGCUAUGCCGCCGGCCAAGAGCUAUCUGUGCGCCCCGGACCUCAUCCCAGCGCCCAAUCAGCAACCGCAGGACGACUUUGUUGGUACGAACGUCCACGCCAGCCCCCCUGUACUGAGCCGACAGGGCUCCCUGGCCUCCCCCUGCAGCCGGACCUCCUCCAUCAACGAGGAAGACGAGGAGGGUUGUCUCGCCCUGAAACCCGCUUUGGAGCUCCACGAGCCAGCCGUCCCCCUCAACUCCGACCCCCAGUCAGGGACUAACUACAGCCACAGCGACCUGGCUAAACUCUACGGUCUCCCGGAGCCUGUGAAGAGCGAGGGUGACGACGAGGAUGAGGAAGAUGAGUCGGAGACCCCGUCCAGUUCCCCUCCCCCGCCCCAGAGGCCCCACCUCCACCAGACGGGGGUGAGCAGCACCUUCAAGUCCCAGGCCGCCCUGGAGAACCAGAAGUACGCCUACCGAGGAGGUCCGUUUGGCCGCCCGCCCCCCUCCGCUCUGGGGGGACUGAAGUACUCCUCCUCCCUCUCUCUGGGUCCCGACAUCCAACAGCAGCAGAAUAGCACCUCCCCCAUCUCGGAUUCCACCAAUCACCCAGGCUUCACGCCAUCUUCGGCCCCUCCCCUAAAGACCCGCCCACACUCCCCCUCCAGCUGGGAGGCAAAGAGACAGGUCAAUAUCAAGAUGGAGGAGCCUGAUAUGUGGAGAGAUGGGAGAGAGGCCAUGGAGAAGAGGCUCUAUUCCACAAGGGUGGAGUCCAAGUGUUAUCCCUCUACACAACCUAUCAAGAUGGAGCCCAAGGAAGAGGCCACGCUUACAACCAUCUCCGAGUCUUCUCUGGCCGAGCUGGGCCGAAGCUGUGAGGUUCUCCUGACCCGACACUCCAGCUCCCUCCCCAGAAAGAACCCCUCCGACAGGAUCAAGACUGAGAUCAAACAGGAGGGCAGGCACCACAAGCCUGAGAGAGAGCGGGAACGACACCGAGAGAAGGAGAGGAAACACGGCCGGAGCAAGAAGCACGGGGAGAGGAAAGAAGGGAAGAAAAAGCCGAGGGAGAAACGAGACGAGAUGUCCUCCUCCUCCUCUUCGUCCUCUCACUCCUCCUCCUCCAGUUCCAGUUCGAAACGACACAGGCACAAGGAGAAGAAGGACCACCGGCGGAUCCUUGGGGACCUGGACCUUCAGCGUAAGGAGAUCCAGGAGAAGGAUCGCGACCGCGUUCGCGCCGACAUGAGGAGGAAGGAGGCUGGGUCCACCAGCGAAGGCGACACCUCCGAAUGGGCGUCCCGUAGUAGAAGUGAAAGAAGUUCAGGAGUCAUGUCCUGCUCUCAGGACAGAGGGGCUGGAUCUACACUGCAGGGUUCAGCUGCUGACUUCAUGAAGCUGAAGGCACUGUCGGACGGGCCGCCCAAGGAGCUGAAGAUCAGGCUGAUCAAGGUGGAGAGCGGCGACCGAGAGACGUUCAUCGCCUCUGAGGUGGAGGAGAAGCGGACACCCCUGGAGGAGAUCAGCAUCGAGAACACCGCCGCAGAGGUCAUCAGGGCCUGCAAGGGUGCGAGGGUGAAGGGGAAGUUCAGAGAGUCCUACCUGCUCCCUGCGUUCUCUGUCAAGCCGCUAUUUACUACAGAGCCCCUCCCGCGGGAUAAACUCAACCCCCCCACACCCAGCAUCUAUUUGGAGAGUAAGAGAGAUGCCCUCUCCCCUGUACUACUGCAGUUCUGUACAGACCCCAAGAACCCUGUUACUGUCAUCAGAGGACUGGCCGGGUCCCUACGACUCAACCUGGGUCUGUUCUCCACUAAGUCUCUGGUGGAUGCUAACUCUGAGCAUGCUGUGGAGGUGAGGACCCAGGUACAGCAGCCUGCUGAUGAGAACUGGGACCCCAGCGGCACGGGGCAGACCUGGCCCUGCGAGAGCAGCCGCUCACACACCACCAUCGCCAAGUACGCCCAGUACCAGGCUUCAUCCUUCCAGGAGAGUCUGCAGGAGGAGAAGGGUAGUGAUGAAGAGGCUGAGGAAGAUGAGGAAGACAAGGAGAAGACGAGUAAGGAGACCAGCCCUGAGACAUCUAGCAAAGAACCCACAAGUAAAGAUGCUACCAGUACCGAACAGAAACCAGUGGGGAAGAUAAUCAAGUUUGGCACCAACAUUGACCUGUCAGACCCCAAGAGGUGGAAGGCCCAGCUGCAGGAGCUCCAGAAGCUUCCGGCCUUCAUGCGCGUGGCAUCCAGCGGCAACAUGCUGAGCCACGUAGGACACACCAUCCUGGGCAUGAACACUGUCCAGCUCUACAUGAAGGUCCCCGGGAGCCGCACGCCUGGCCACCAGGAGAACAACAACUUCUGCUCUGUGAACGUCAACAUUGGGCCUGGAGACUGCGAGUGGUUCUCCGUGCACGAAAACUACUGGCCGGCCAUCGACGACUUCUGUGAAAAGCACGGAGUAGACUACCUGACCGGUUCCUGGUGGCCUGUUCUGGAGGACCUGUACCGAUCCAACAUCCCCGUGUACCGCUUCAUUCAGAGGCCCGGGGACCUGGUGUGGAUCAACGCAGGGACCGUCCACUGGGUUCAGGCUGUGGGCUGGUGCAACAACAUCGCCUGGAACGUGGGCCCACUCAACUCCUACCAGUACCAGCUGGCCCUGGAGAGGUUUGAGUGGAACGAGGUCAAGAAGGUCAAGUCCAUUGUCCCCAUGAUCCACGUGUCCUGGAACGUGGCCCGCACCGUCAAGGUCACUGACCCCGACACAUACAAGAUGAUCAAGCACUGCCUCCUGCAGUCCAUCAAGCACAUCCAGGUUCUGCGAGACCAGCUGGUAGCAGCAGGGAAGAAGAUCUCCUACCAGAGCCGAGUGAAGGACGAACCAGCUUACUACUGCAACGAGUGUGAUGUGGAGGUGUUUGACCUGCUGUUUGUGACGUCUGAGAGUGGCAGCAGGAAGACCUAUGUAGUCCACUGUGAGGACUGUGCCCGCCAGAGAAACCCCAGCCUCUCCAACAACGUAGUGGUGUUAGAGCAGUACCGCAUGGAGGAGCUAAUGAGUACCUACGACGCAUUCAGCCUGACUGCAGCCCCGAGUACACGGUGAUAAAGCUCCUCCCCCUCCACGUCUCACAGCCAUAACCAAAACUCCUGCCAGACAGGACUUAACAUCUUUUAAAAAACGUUAUUUUUAACCUUUUUUUUUUUUUUUUUUCCCCCUUCGUUAUUUAAGAUGUUUUUACUACUGCUAAUACUUGCCGAUCAAACAGCCAAUCGAAAACCAGUUUACUACUCAUCACUGUUUACAAAACCGAACCGCCAAUCAAAUGCCAGUUUACCCUUGUUGUAGACUGUUCAUGAGCAGCGUUCUGGUUUCCGGAGGACUUGAGAAAAAAUGGAAAGGCAGUUGGUGCUAGCUGCCAUCGUGAACAAGCAACAAAGGGUUGACAGUUAUCAAUGGCAUACAUUUUAUUAUUUCCAUAUCUUUUUUUUUUAUCAUGAAUUCUGAAAUUUGUAAAUGCUGUGUAUUUUAUGUGGGGUGGUUUUUUUUCUCUUCUAAAAUAAUGUAUUUUCUUUAAGACUAGAUCAGCCCUAGAUAUAUACCACAUUGGCCUUGUGACUUGUAUUUAGAAGAUAAAUAAGAUGCAUUUUUUUUCUAAAAGCAUUAAGAAUAAGGAGACAAUAAAAAUACAAUUGUUUGAAAUGCUUAGAAACAUACGGGUUUUCAAGUCUUUUUUUUUUAGAUUUUCUGUUUAGUCUUUCUUACUCUUGUAUGUGUUGUGUUUUUACAAAUGUAUAAUGUUUAUUUCCACGGGAAGGCGAAAGAGUCAAUUGUCACAACUCUUUAGGAGUACAUCAGGUCUUUUUGUUUUAAUGAAUUGCUUCCAUUUUUGCAUUGUUUUGUACCUCUGAUUUUGUUAGUUGUUUGCUUAAUAUACAGAUUUAUAAUUUUUCUGGAUUUUACAUUGUACAUUUCUUUUUUUAUUUAAAAUGUUUCUUAUAUUUAUAGGAUGUCAAUGUUCUCCCCUUACUUUUAUUAGGGUUUGAAAGUCAUUUUUGUCCUCUGUAACAACUGAAAGGGUGUGUUAUGGGAGGACAAGGUUCUCUGGUGCUUCUUCUGGUUCUAUCUAUCUAUCUAUAUAUAUAUAUAUAUAUAUAUAUAUGAUAUUUCUAAUGAAUAUAACUUACACUUUCCCUGUAGUUGGUAGGAUCCACAGCCGAGUUGAGUUGACGAAUGGAAUACGGCCUUUUUAAUGCGCGGGGGAAAUUGUCAUUGUUUUUCAUUCUUUUUAGGGGGCUUUUAUUUUUUUUAUUUUUAUAUAUAUAUAUUAUUGUAAUCUGUUGGAAUAUUGACUUAUGGGAUAAAAAGGUGCUACAGUUUUGGAUAAACUAUUUUUGUUUUUCCUUUAAGAUAAAUUCUAUUUUUCCUGUUGCAAUAUACCUUCCUUUUCCUACUCUUGGUGGUCAUUUAUUUAACAUGCACUCUUUAGAACACACACACACACACACACACCAAACUGAGCCAGACAUUUCUUAAACACUUUGUGAAUUUGUGUGACAUUUUACUAUGACUUAUUAAUAAAUAAAUGCUUUUGAUGAAGCCAAAAAA